UGGGAUCCAUUCCAAAGCCUCUGGGUGUGUCAGAAUAAGUUGAAUGUUUUCAGCUGGGCCUCCUUCAGUAUUUCUUUUCCUCAUUCUGUUCUGUGGAAAGUCAAACCUUUGAAAAGGCUAAAGAGUGUUCAGUAUCACAGUCUAGAGGCAUUACCCCUCAUCUUAACCUCCACAUCCUCACCUCUGACUUAUUCUGUCUUUGUUCUGUGUACGUAAGGCAUUUUGCUCGAUAUUGCAUUUCUGCUGACAGAAGUUUUUGGAUUUGUGAAUCAAACAAAUGACGGCCUUCAGGAGGAAUGCCAGCUCCGAAGCCAAGCCCAGGCACACAAGAAGGAGCCAUGCCAGCGCUUCACAGCAUGGAGUCAAACAGCACUGCAACCAACAACAUCCUGGCUUCUGUCAAAGAACAGGAGCUGCAGUUUGAGCGCUUGACUCGGGAAUUGGAGGUGGAGCGACAGAUUUUGGCCAAUCAGCUGGAACGAUGCCGACUGAGUUCAGAUUCACCAGGAGCUGCUAGUGGAGGCUCCUCUGAGAUGUCUCUUCCCUGGAGAUCUGCAGGGUCUGGGGGGCACUCUCACACUUCAGCCCUGAUGAACUCUGACAGUGGGUAUCAGGACGCUGUCAGCUACCAGAGCGGUCAGCCGCAAGGCGAGGGUCAGCCGAACUCAUCACCUGCUUCAGGAGGAAGCCCCAGGGCUGAGGGUCAGGCUGCGGGACACCCCCCAGCAGCUGAGCUUCAGGUGUCGGGAAUGAUGGAUUGGGCUAAACCAGGUCAUGCUCUGCGACGAGUUGGUUCGAUGCCCACUCGUACUCAGUCACUGUAUGGAAGCAACAUCUCGCCAUCUCGAGGGUCCCUUCGGACCAUUGGGAGCUCCUCCCUCUCUGGAGUCCCACAGAAGAUCUCUCCUGCCACCCUGAAUAGAGCGGGCUCCUCCGCGUCACCCUAUUCUGGAGGUGUAGGCUCUGUGAGAGAAGACAAGCAGGUCGGGUCGGGGUCACCAGUCAGGCCAGGGAUGACCGCAGUCCCACAGCAUUAUGGGUCGAUGAUGUCCAGAACGUUUCUGCAUGAUGUAUCUAAUCCAUACCUUACACACAGCUAUGAGAUCUACGAGCAGAUAGACCCACGACCAGACAUCUUAACAGGUGUGCGAACAUCUUACACUAGUCAACACAGUCAGAUAGGUGCUGAUCUGAGGUCAGCCACUUCCCCUGACCGCCAUAUUGGACCCAUCUAUGAGGGCCGGACUUUGCAGGGCCCCCUUUACCACAGCCUGAGCCCAACAGCUUCAGACCUGAACCCCAGCCCACAGAGUGCUCUCUACAGGACCUCCUUUGGUAUGAGUAACCUGCAGCGGAGCUCCAGUCAGCGCAGUAACAUGAUGUACCAAAGAAAUAACUAUCCUUUAAACUCCAUAUACACAGAAGUAUACCAAUCUGCUCCUUACUGGUCCCCUGAUCCCAGCUACACACGCCAGCCCAUGCAUGAUGAAGCCACACGCUCCCCUUCGGUAGACAGCAUGCAGAAGGACCCAAGAGAGUUUGCAUGGCACAACCCAGACCUGCCGGAGGUCAUCCACAUGCUACAGCAUCAGUUUCCAUCCGUGCAGGCUAAUGCAGCAGCGUACCUGCAACACCUGUGCUACAGAGACAACCACGUCAAGACGGAGGUGUGUCGUCUGGAUGGAAUAAAACACCUGGUAGAUUUGUUGGAUCAUAAGGUUCUGGAUGUGCAGCGGUACGCAUGUGGAGCCCUGAGGAACCUUGUUUAUGGCAGAGCUACAGACGACAACAAGAUUGCCGUGAGAAAUGCAGGUGGAGUUCCUGCACUGCUUCGCCUGCUGAGAACAACUGUAGACACUGAAGUACGAGAGCUUGUCACAGGUGUGUUGUGGAAUCUGUCUUCGUGUGAUGCAGUGAAGACGACAAUCAUCCACGAUGCUUUAAGCACCAUGACCAACACUGUGAUUAUCCCUCACUCGGGCUGGAGCAGCACUGACUUUCACGAUGAGCACAAACUCAAGCUGCACUCCUCUGUUGUGCUCCGCAACACCACCGGCUGUCUCAGGAACCUGAGUUCAGCUGGAGAAGAAGCCAGAAAAUGCAUGCGCUCCUGCGAGGGACUCUUGGACUCACUACUGUACGUCAUCAAAGCUUGUGUCCGCACCUCUGAUUUUGACAGCAAGAUUGUGGAAAACUGUAUUUGCAUUCUGAGGAAUCUCUCCUAUCGGCUGGAGCUGGAAAUCCCACCCUCCUGGCUGACAGCCAAUCAGGAGCUUGAUGAGUUAAUGGGGUCAGAGUCACCCAGUAAAGAGGCAGAUAACAGCUGCUGCGGGAACAAGAGGAGAAAAAAGAAGAAUUUACUCGAAGAACAGUGGGAUGGUGUCGGGCCGAUCCCUGGUUUCUCAGAUUCUCCUAAAGGUGCUGAAAUGUUGUGGCACCCAUCUGUAGUGAAGCCCUAUCUUACCCUGUUAGCUGAGAGCUCAAACCCAGCCACACUAGAGGGCUCCGCCGGGUCACUCCAGAACCUCUCCGCAGGAAACUGGAAGUUUGCAGCGUAUAUCCGCGCCUCGGUGCGUAAGGAGAAAGGUUUGCCCAUACUGGUGGAGUUAUUACGCAUGGAUAAUGACCGAGUGGUGUGCUCCAUCGCCACAGCUCUCAGAAACAUGGCUCUGGACGUGAGAAAUAAAGAACUGAUCGGGAAAUACGCCAUGCGGGACCUGGUGAACCGUUUGCCGGGGGGAAACAGUAAACAGCUGUCAUAUGAUACGGUGGCGGCAAUCUGCUGCACACUGCAUGAGGUCACCAGAAGAAACAUGGAGAACGCUAAAGCCCUGGCAGAUGCGGGCGGCAUUGAGAAACUUGUCAACAUCACCAAGUGUAGAGGAGAAAGCAGGUACUCUGUGAAGGUGGUGAAGGCGGCCGCUCAGGUGCUGAACACACUGUGGCAGUACAGAGACCUGCGCACCAUCUACAAGAAGGACGGCUGGAAUCAGAAUCACUUCCUGACUCCUGUAUCGACUCUGGAGAGAGAGCGCUUCAGAUCCGCACCCACUCUACCAUCGAGCACUCUACAGAUGUCCCCUGCACACCACACAGCAGGCAGCACAUUAUCAUCUCCUGCCACGCUGUGCACCAAAGAACACUCUGAUCAUCAGAAGACACAAACUAUGCAAUUUUAUGAUUACCAAGAAGAAAAUGGCAUCAAUAAACACAAAAGUACAGGGUCUGCAAAAGAAUCUCAGUAUUACACUUCCCUGAGCAGAGAGGGCUCGAGACGAGAACAGAAGGUCUAUCGCGCCGAUGAAACAGGCCACAGAAACCAUGACACUUACCGCACAUACCUGCCUUCACUAUACGAUUACAAGGACUCUUAUCUGGAAAAGAUGGUGCACUAUUCUCCUGCUGAUUACAGCCAGACACACGGCUUCAGAACCACAAGCAACUACGUGGACUUUUACUCUUCCACCAGGAGACCGUUACACCACAGUGAACAUUACCAGGGAUCCCCCGAUUCAUGGGUAUAGAGGCCCGGCUCACAGACUUCACUAUCUCUAACACAGAAAUAGAUUUGGGAACACAUUGUUUUUAAAGAGACUCGAGUAGUGGAUGAAAAGCAUAUGAAUGCGAUGGAGAAUGUUUAGCAGAAUGUUGUUUAAAUGGAAAUAAGAAAUGAAUCAUGAACUCUGUUUGUAGGGGACUGGAGAGAUGUUGCAGACCAGGGGUGCCAAAAAACCAGACCCUGUAGAGUUCAGUUCAAACCCUGCUCCAACACACAUGCCAUACACAGUAGUUUUCAAAUAAGCCUGAAGGAUUUGAUUAGCUGGAUCAGGUGCAUUUUAUUAGGGUUGAAGCUAAACUGCAGGACUGCGGACUCUCCAGAAACUGAGCUUUGCUUCCCUGGUGUAGACUUUAAAUGAUUUUUAUUAGCAUUAAAGUAUUUAAGAGUUACUCGCUCUGUAAGAAGACUGGGAAAUUAUUACAAACCUGGGGCACAUGAACAUGAACUUCAGUUUGUCAAAACAAUAAAUAAAUGAAUUAUGAUUAAAUGUAUAUGAAGGAUUUCAGAGGGAACAUUGUGCCUGCUUUUGCUGAGAUUGUUAAUAUUAUGGAGACUUGUACAUAUCUUUCAUGUAUUUUUGAAAAUAGCUACAUGGUUUAUGCUUUACUACACUGGUCAAAACUCAUGUCAUGUGAAGUGAAUAAAUGGUGAGAGAUGCCA